AUGGCUCUGCGUACUGUCGCUUACUAUCAGGUCAGUCAGGAGAUGAAAGAUCCACGAACGCAGCACAUUGGCCGACUUCUUCAACGGAAAGACUGGGAUGCAUGGGAUCCGACGUUGGUCAGCGAAUCCGUGUUCGCCACGGCCAAUAUCUUCUCGUCGUUGAAACUCGUGCACAUCUUCACCGUCAAUCCGUACCUUGGACCAUUGAAGAUAUCAUUAGACAAGUUUGGUCUACAAACUGACAGUGUGGAGAUGACAACUUGCACGGGUCGGUCGGGAUCGGAUUUGUCCCCCGCUGCUAAACUGGCGCCAUCUGCUACUAUAGCACCACCGCCAUCGAGAGGCCGAAGGCUCUGCUACUAG